UUGGCCUUGCUGGCGAAAGCGGUGGGGGGGGGGGGGGGGAGGGGUCUACCAAGUAGGCUCAGUAGAGCCUGAAACAUAGGGCUAGAAGGAGCAAUCAAAUGCUAAAUAUGGAAUGCAAUAUAGUACACUUUCGAGGAAUUGGAAUUUAUACUAAAAGUUAGUAAACAACAAUUCCGAGAAUAGUACGCCUAAGUUGCAGGAAAUACAACAUGACCAAGGAAAACACUUACCAAGAAUGGAGUCAUUGAUUCCGUUCCUAGAACAAUGAGCCAAGGACCCUCAUGGUUUGUACACACGUACACAGAAAGCACAAGUACUUGACAAUACUUCUGGGUCUGGUCACUUUCGGUAUUCUUACCAGUAAGAUGGCUAGCUUUGACUUGGGUGCAAGUGAUAUUGACUUGGAAGAUGCAGAAGUUUUGGAUGCCGCUUCCAACUACUUCAACUUUUUAUCUACGGAUGAAAUAGCCAACAUGUCAGGAUUCUCUUUAUCAUCUACAGCAACUGCGACGUUAGCAACUGGUGAGGUAGUGGAAAAGACCACUACUGAAAAGCGCGUUUCAUCAGAACAGCACAGCAGUGAAGAAAGAGUUAAGCGAUUUGUGCAAGUGUCUGAGUCAGAUCUGGAUAGGAUACGUGAAAGUCGUGUUCCCGCAAACACCAAACGAGCUACUAAGAACUGGAUGCGUGUUUUUGACACUUGGUGUGUGGAGAACAAGAAAACGUGCGACUUGAAAACAAUACAAGCGACUGAUCUAGCAUCUAUCCUGAAGCAUGCCUAUGUUGAAAUCCGUCAAGUCAACAAACAGCCGUAUUCUAAGAACAGCUUACUGCAGUUUCGGAGUGCCAUUCACCGUGAACUGCAAGAGCUGAAGCGCACCAUCAAUCUCUAUACUGAUAGUGAGUUUAUCGAGGCUAACCAAGUACUUGAUGGCUACCUAAAGCAGUUAAAAAAAGACGGCCUGGUAGCACCAACGCAGCACAAGCCUCCCAUCUCCGAUAGCGACAAAGAAAAGAUCUACAAGCACCUCGGUGACUGGAAGACAAAUGCGGAUCACCUCACCUACCUUGUCUGGUUCGUCAUCACUUACCACUUCUGUCUGCGUGGUUCGGAGAUUCAGGCGUAUCUAACAUCCGACGACCUGGAUGUGAAGACCAACGACAAAGGCAAAAGAUUCAUCACAUUAGCCACAGCAUUCGCCCAGAAGAACCAGCAAGGCGGCAUUAAAGGAAAGGACACGGUAUCUGAUGGGAUGAUAGUGUCCGACUGGCAGGUGGAAGCCGUCCUACUCCUCACUUCAAAGUUGUCUGUGAAGUCCAAGCGACUCUUUCAGAUACCACGCAAACAUUACCAGCCAGAGGAUUCAGAAUGGUACACAGGCCAAGUGUUUGGUAAAAACGAAAUCGAUGGCAUGAUGAAGAAGAUGAGCGAAACAGCGCGACUAAGCCAGAUCUACACCAACCACAGUGUGCGCGCCACCGCCAUUACGACCUUGGCUAAGCAAAAUGUGAGUGCCACUACAAUCAUGCGUACUUCCGGCCAUCGGAAUGCCCAAAGCCUAGACUCGUACUUGCAGCCAAGCGAGCAUGACAAGAUGAAAACUGCUCACCUGUUGGACGUAGCCGCCAUUGAUGAAGCACUGCAGUGCGCGACUCCGGAGGAACUGCAGGCCUUGGAAGAGCCUCAGGCACCUCCCCCGUCAGCUUCUGUCACUACCAGUUCAUCCACGGUGACGUCGGAGAAUAGCGCAAAAUUCAUAUUCUCUGGCAACUUCAGUGGUGCCGUUCACAUACAUGUGAACGAUGUGAAGGAACUGCGCUGAAGUUGGCUCGUUUCUGCAAUGCAGUGUUCCAUUUACAAUUUACAAUACUCCAUUUCCAUCAACUCUUCUAUUUCCACUCCUCUAUACUUUUCCUUCCUACCCUAUGCUUUACCUAAGUUCAAACUAAACUCUACUGUGGGAAUGUAGUUGUGUAGCAGGAAGAGCAUGAAGUACGGUGCACAUGGUGUGUAGGGUCAUAUGGGAUAAGACACAUAGUGUGUAGGGUCAUAUGGGAUAAGUAGACACAUGGUGUGUACAUGGUGUAGGGUCAUAUGUGAUAAGUAGAAUAUCACCCUCGUAGCUCGGGUGAUACCGUACCCUCAUAUCAAUCCCUUCUGCUUCGCAGUCGGGAUUGAUAUUCGCCGGUAUCACCCUCGUACUCAUGAGAUGUUCUUUACGUAGCUGUGGCAGUUCCAGAGGGUGUGGUAAAGGUGUGUGGUUGGAAAUAUGGCUGUGUGUGUGGUGGGGGGG